AUGCAUUGGCAGACCAACGCGCUGGCAAAAAGGGCAAAACUAUCUAUACAGCCAUCGGGUGGUGAGCCAAGUUCAUCGCGCGGACCGACUCCCGCGGCACGAUCAUCGACCAAGGCGACCGAUGCCACGAAGGAUUCGAAGCGUGAGAUCAACGUCGACACUCCGAAGCCUAUCAUUCGGCACGAGAAGAAGAACGGCAAGCGCAAAGCAACUGCGCCUCCCGCAGGUGGCGGGCCUGGCGCCGCCGCCAAGGCCACGCACCGCAAGCUCGCGCCACCUCGUCCGUUCCCUACCGUGCCCAUGUCUGUCUCUGCCACUGGCCCACGUUCUGCGCAUGUCCAAGGCAAGAAUUACAUAUGCAUCACACGCAAGACACCGCUGGGCGCAUACCUCAGACGGUGCAAAGGUGUGACGCUGAAAGCUGGGUGCGUGCCAGUGGCAAGAAGUCAGUAUGCCAUGGGACUAACGAGCGGAUUCAGACACAAGACGCUGCAUCUUCACGCCAUGGGAGCUGCGAUACCGCAUCUGGUGCAGCUGUCCGUGUCUCUGCCGGAAAUACUGCCUUACGGCCCGGAAGAGGUCGAGACGGAGGUGAUGACAGGCACGGUCGAGUCGACGCUGAGUAUCAUUAUGAAGAUUGCGGACGGGAAGGACGAGGGAGCACAUACAGGCAAGGGGAAGAAGAAGCCCAAGCGCGGAACUUCGGAUGCCAGGAUGGGCGAUGUAGGGAAGCGGCAGCAGAGGCGGUAUUUCACGCAGUUCAC